GGAGGGGGUACCGCACUGGUGCUGCAUCGGGCGGGAGGGAUCCUGUACUGGGCACUGUGGAGUUGGUGAGCUGCACACGAGGAGAGGGGUACAGGCUGGGGUGGGCAAUGGGUCCGUGGGUGGCGGGGCUGGGGGAUUGUGCCCACCGAGGAGGAGGCCCUGAGUUGGGGGACAGACCAUGUCAUGAAGGGAUGGGGUUUGUGUUGGGCUCUGUGGGGCUGGUGGAAGGGAGCAUUGUACCCUGAGAUGGAACAGAGCUGUGGGAUUCCUGUGCUGGGAGAAAGGGGUCCCACGGUGGGGCGGGUAGAGGGGACCUGGGCUGCGUAUCUUCCCCGGCCACAAUGCUGGCAAGCAGCAGCGCUUGUUGCGCCCGUGCUUCGGUAUGGAUGUUGCUGCUUGGUAGCUCAGGUGUUGGCAUGAACAGAAUUCGGAUCCAUGUUUUGCCGUCAAGCCGAGGCCGCCUUACUCCUGUGCCGAGGCCGCAGGAGCCUCUGUCAUGUGCCUUCACCCACCGCCAGUGCUCCCAGCCGCGGCUGGAGGGACAGGAGUUUUGUAUUAAGCACAUUCUUGAAGACAGGAGUGCCCCGUUCAAGCAGUGCAGCUACGUUUCAGCAAAGAAUGGAAAGCGAUGUCCGAAUGCUGCGCCCAAACCAGAGAAGAAAGAUGGUGUGUCGUUCUGUGCGGAGCAUGCCCGUAGGAACACUCUGGCGCUCCAAGCUCAGAUGAAGAAGUCCAAUCCUGGGCCUGUAAGCGAGACUCUCCUUUGCCAGCUUAGCUCUUACGCCAAAACGGAGCUGGGCUCCCAGACCGCAGAGAGCAGCCGCAGCGAAGCCAGUCGGAUCCUAGAUGAGGACAGCUGGAGCGAUGGUGAGCAGGAGCCUAUCACAGUGGACCAGACAUGGCGAGGGGACCCAGACAGCGAGGCUGACAGCAUCGAUAGCGACCAGGAGGAUCCCUUGAAGCAUGCUGGUGUAUACACGGCUGAGGAGGUGGCUUUGAUCAUGCGAGAGAAGCUGAUCCGCCUGCAGUCUCUCUACAUUGACCAGUUCAAACGACUCCAGCACCUUCUGAAGGAGAAGAAGCGUCGAUACCUGCACAGCCGCAAGGGAGAGCAUGAAGCCAUAGGCAACAGCCUUCUGACGGGCCCAGAGGGGCUGAUGGCCAAAGAGCGUGAGAACCUGAAGCGCCUGAAGUGCCUGCGGCGCUACCGGCAGCGUUAUGGUGUGGAGGCCCUGCUCCACCGGCAGCUGAAGGAACGCAGGAUGCUGGCGACCGACAGUGCUGCCCAGCAGGCACACACCACCCGCUCCAGCCAGAGGUGUUUGGCCUUUGUCGACGAUGUCCGAUGUUCCAACCAGUCGCUCCCGAUGACCAGGCACUGCCUUACACACAUAUGCCAGGAUACUAACCAGACUCUGUUUAAACUGUGUCAAGGCUCUGAGGAAGUGCCCUGCAACAAACCAGUUCCCGUGAGCCUCUCCGAGGAUCCAUGCUGCCCGCUCCAUCUCCGAUUGCCUCCGCAGAUGUAUGUACCCGAGCAGGUGCUGGCUGUCCCCGAGGAGCUGGAAGCUGCCCCCACCGACCUGUACUUGAGCGCUGCUGAGCUCCAGCCCACGGAGAGCUUGCCCCUGGAGUUCAGCGAUGACUUGGACGUGGUGGGGGAUGGCAUGCAGUGUCCUCCGUCCCCUCUGCUCUUCGAUCCUUCUGUGGCCCUUGAUCAGUCCCUCAGAGACAUUGCGGAGGCCCCUAUAGACAUACUGGCCCUGGAGGAGCCCUCCCAUCCAGGCCUCCCUCCACAGACGGCGCCCACAGACAGAGGGAGUUCCUCUGCCCAUGUCUUCCCCCUGGCCGCUGAGCCUCCGGCUGAGCUGCCAGCGCAGAGUCACCUGCCGAUGGCAGCAAGCCGGCCGGGGCCCAGGGAUGACAGGCGGCCGGAGGAAGCCAUGUCCUCUGCCCAGGCCUGCGGGGCGGCCGCCAACGGGAGCCUGGAGCCGGUGUCCGUGAGCUGAGACCAGCAGCGCGCAGCUUCUCUAUGCUGCCUUGCGAAUCCCAGUUGCGGCAGAGUCCAGCGCUGGGACAGUGUCCUCGCCCAGGGCUGGGUUGGGCCACAGCUCCAGCUCCUCUGCCGGCAUCCUUCCUGGAGCAGUGGGGGCUGGGACCCCAGAGUGGGGACCCCAGGUCUCCUUCCCCCAGCCCCUCGCUGUGGGGUCAGGCUGGCUGGAGGAAAAGCCAUGGGGGACUUGGGGGAGGAUGGCUGGCUCUCCACACUCACCGGGGAGGUGUGGCCUUUGCCGUGGGGAUGGUCUGUGCCUCGUGUCCCCCAGGAGGGCUCUGAGGCCAGGCGUGUGACGUGUCCCCUGUACCCUUUUCCAUCUGGGGAGGAGGUUUUGUCCCGCGGGUGACCCCCACAAUAAAGCAAUAGAGAUGGG